AUGUCGAGCCGACCGUCUGGCACGCCUCGAGCCAGCAAAUCUGGCAUACAGACCACUGCAGAUGGUGCUUCGUAUAUUCCGGCUUCGAAACGGGCGGAUGGGUCCACUAGGAAAGAGAUCCGAGUGAGGCCGGGCUACAGGCCGCCGGAAGACGUCGAAACCUACAAGAAUAGGAGCGCCGAAGCAUGGAAGAACAGAAGUCAAGGUGGCGUACCUGGGGCAGAGUCGGCCCCUGCAGCCAAAGACGAGUCUCCCGCACUGAGCAAGAACGCAAAACGCAGGGAGGCCGCACGAAGGAGGGCAGCAGCAGAGGGGUCAGCUGAGGACGGAGAAGACGAACUCACAUUAGCGAUGCAAAACGCCGAUAUCUCGGGACGAGCCAAGGGCAAGGAAAACUGGCACGAUCCCUCGAAACUGGCAACCAACGAGGAACCGGCCGCCGAAGCCGACGUGGGACAACAAAAGAAAAUCCGCAACCAGCUCAAGAAGUUACGUGCAGUCCGUGAGCUGAGAGAAAAGCGGCCGGCCGGCGAGAAGCUGUCGCAUGACCAGAUCAUGAAGAUCGGAAAAGAAGGCGAACUGCUGCGUGAUCUGAAGAAGCUGGGCUACGAUGGUCCAGAGUUGCAGGCAGACACUUCUGAACCUGUAAAUGAAGUUGCUUCAUCGACCAACUUGGUCGGUUGA